AUUACCACAUAUGGGGUCAUGGUUUAGCGUUUUACUCUGUCGAAUGGCAGGAUCUCUUGUAUAUUACAAAGCAUUUCAUAGUCGAAUGAUCGCAGACAGUGACUAUCUCAUAUCCUUUGGACAGAUGUGAAUGAGCGCCCAAAUGCCGGUGUCGCCAUUCGUCGUAUUUCGUCGUAAGUUAGCCGAGUUGUAAAUUGUAAUUCGGUAAUUUUAAGGUUGAAUUGCACAUACCAACACGUUUCGACGAUCUGUUCUAGAAGGAACGAGACCACGCAUCCUUUUGAACGAAAACAGCUAGUUUUGAGGUCAGAAUUCAAAUAUUUAGAAUCAGCUGAGAGUUUUAUUUGUGGGAAUUUUUUUACGGAAGGCAUUAUUACGCAUCUCAAUUGCCUCUUCCAUCAAGCAAAUAGAAAGCUUGUGAGACGUGAGAGAUAAAAGCUUUCUACAUGUGGUCGAGCAACCACAAGAAAUGAUGGCGACUUUUAGUCGAUCAUAUCGGUGUGACGACAUUAGUUAUUUAUAGGAAAGUAUAAGAGAGAGAGAAUCGAAAGUGGAAAACUAAUUGCUUUACUAGAUAUUUAGUUAAUAGACUUCGACUACAUUUUUAUAUGCCGUAUCCAUGCAGGUUUAGAAAUGUAGCAUUAAUAUAAAUCUACAUACAAGUCAAGUUUUUGGAGUUGCACACGGCCCAGAAAAUUUCGGAAUCGUCGGCAACCAUGUACUGAGUCUUAUCAUUACUAAACUACCAUUAUUACCAUAGUCAUGGACAUCAGAAAUACCCAAGUCGCUUAGCAUAAAAUUUCCCAUUUGGUAAGUCUAUUUCCCAAAGUCAUCACUUUAAUAUCACAUUUCUAAUGAAGGGAAAAAAAUUGGAAUGAAAUUGAAACAUGAGCCUGUUACACAACAACUGAAAAUCAGUCGAGUCUAAAAUAUAUGCUAUAAUUGUAUGAAGUGUAUUAAAACUAGUCUAUUUAAAAUUCUAAUGACUUUGUAUUUUUUAUGUUUACAUUGUUUAAGACGGUCGUUUAACCUCUCAUGCAUUGCGAAGUCAAACUGAUAUUGUUUAGGCAAUGUAACCUCUUCAGAAAUUGUCACAACUUCUUUCUGCUUUAUUUCACAAUGAACUGAUGCUAAAGAAAACGGAGUUUUGUAUGCUUUGAGUUGCUUUUGGAGUCGAUUUUUUCGGGGAAAUAUAAAGGAUUGCUCUGGUAUAAUGUCGCCAAACGCUCGCAUACCGACAUUCCUUUGAGGUCUCGUAACCAUUGAGUUGAAUUCAAGACGAACCGCAUAAACGAAAGGGCGUCUAAGUAGACAUUCCUUUUGGCCAUGAAAUACGAUAUUGUCGCACCGGUAGUGUUUUUGGCUGUGGUAUUCUGUGUCGUCAUUGCUUUGGCCGUUAUCUACAGAGCAGUUGUGAAGCAGACGUGCUCCUGCCUCAGCGACCCGGGGGGAAGGGAGAAAGAACGUCAAAAGCGAAAAAAAGAAAAGGGAUAUGACAAAGUGUUGACAUCAGAGGAUUCUGCUGACGAGGACAUUUUCAUUCCACCCACCCUGAUAGUUGAAAGCGAAAUCAACCCGGAAUUCGAUCAGGUCGUGCAGGCUGAUACCCAUUCUCCCUACUCGGCCUUUUCUGCAUACGGUGAUACAGUGUCGCUGGAUCAGACCUAUGUAACCGAGCGAGGACUGGGCAGGCUUCGCUUGGAAGUUGUGUAUUACAGCGGUGAAUCUCGGCUCAAAGUUCAUGUUAUCGAAGGUGACGGACUACCGUCAAAGGAACAGGGGGGUGCUGCGAACUUUAAAGUACACCUCACCCUGCUUCCGAAAAGAGAACAGCGAUUUAAAAGCAAAACAAAAAGCAGAUAUUCCCCAAAAUUUGACGAGACUUUCGAGUUUAAAGAUGUACAUCAAAAGGAGCUAUUCACAAUGGCGGUUCGCUUUAGACUGUACGGUGUUAUUGCAACCGGAAAUAGACUUGUCGGAGAGACCUUUCUCCAACUGGCCGAUAUUGCCAACCUGGACAAUCAGAUUAUUCAAGACACUUGGCGCGCGUUUAGGCCGCUGAAGAAACAAACAACAAAGAAAUAGGAAGCAUUUGGAAAGUGUGUGGAUACACCAUACGUUUACAGGAGAUUUUGAAUCAUGAUUUUCAUAAUAUUCAAUGUUUACAGCAUUUUAUUUAGCGGUAUUCUUUGAAAAGAACAUAAGGACACGACUUGGUGUAAUUCCAUUUUUAAUUAUGACAAUUUAUCGUGAAAUAUUAAGCUGGCCAUAGAUUUAAACUUCUAAAGAAUAGUUAAAUUGGGGAGGGCGGGAAAUGCCCUGGGAACGAGGUUGAAAUAAAUUCUAUAAACGUUAUUAAAAAUAACUUAUGAUAAUUUAUGCUAUAAGAAUCCAGACAUGAAAAUAAACAUAUUUUUCUG